AUGAAAGUCAAAAUUCAGACAAACAGACCCUAGAAAUCGUGGAUCGGAGAUGACGAGCACCAACGGCACAACCACCGUCACCAAAAACCAAAAGAAAGCCAAUUUAUUAGAUCAUCACUCCAUCAAACACUUACUUGAUGAAUCUGUAUCUGAGAUCGUAAAAAGCCGUGGUUACAGUGAAGAUGUGAGGAUGAGUAAUAUCAGAUUGUUGAUUGGUUCCAUCAUUAUUAUCAUUGCCUUGUUUGCUCAGUUUUACAACAAGAAGUUCCCCGAAAAUAAGAAUUAUCUUAUCGCCUGCAUUGCAUUGUAUGUGAUAUUUAAUGGGAUAUUGCACCUGGUUAUCUACACCAAGGAAAAGAAUGCAUUUAUGUUUACUUAUCCUCCCCCUGGAUCGGUUUACAACAACACUGGCUUGAUGAUCUCUUCAAAGUUGCCCAGAUUCUCUGAUAUGUACACCCUUACAAUAGCCAGUGCAGAUGCCAAAUCUAUUUCUGCUAAGCCAACGGUGGAGUUCACCAAAAGCGUCACAGAAUGGUUCACAAAAGAUGGAGUGUUGGUGGAAGGUCUGUUCUGGAAAGAUGUUGAGGAUCUAGUAAAUGAUUAUUCCAAAGAACAUAAGAAAACUAAAUGAAUUUAAUAUAUAAAAAUCAAGACAGGUAUAAGGAGAAUGUCUGAGACAUAGAGCAGUAGUUUGGGCUAAUGGUGUUUUACCAACAAAGCGAUCAUUCUUAAUUUAUUGGAUUUGGAACUUAUAUCAUUUGAUAAAAAAAAACCCUCAUCUUA